AUGUCGGACACAGCUCUUCAAGAUCCCGCGCUACCGACGUAUGAUGCGCCUCCGUCGAGCGCCGGUCGCUCGUCCCCUCACGGGGUUGAGCAGACCCAGGCCCCCGAGCCCAUUUCAGACGAGCUAAAGGCUCGCCUGGACAAGGUUAUCUACUCUGAUAUCGGCAUCACUACACUUUUGACCCGUUUGAAGCAAAGCGUGGCCUCCGCCAAGGAUUUCUCGACAUUUUUGAAAAAGCGAGGAUCUCUUGAAGAAGAGCACGCUCAGGGGCUGCGAAAGCUGUCUCGCGUGAUCAGCGAUGCGUCGCAACGUACCGAGAAUCGACAGGGCACAUACAGCUCCAGUUACAAAGAUAUCCACCGUCUCCAGGAGCGAAUGGUCGACCAUGGCCUCCAAUUCGCCGUCUCCCUCCAACAGAUGGCCGACGAUCUGCACGAGCUCGCUGGCAACAUCGAGCGCGGCCGCAAGCAAUGGAAACAGACCGGUCUAGCCGCAGAGAAGAAAGUUGUCGAUGCCGAAUCAUCGGCCGAGAAGGCGAAGGCGAAAUACGAAUCGCUAGCAGAGCAGUAUGACCGUGUUCGUACAGGUGACAAGCAGGGUGGCAAGUUCGGCCUCAAAGGCCACAAGUCUGCCGCGCAGCACGAGGAGGAAUUGCUACGCAAGGUUCAGAAUGCGGACAGUGAUUAUGCGUCCAAGGUGCAGGCUGCCCAGGCUGCGCGCCAGGAGCUUGUAUCCACUCACAGGCCCCAGGCCGUGCUUAAUCUUCAGCAAUUGAUCGCCGAGUGCGACUCGGGCUUGACCCUACAGCAGCAAAAGUUCGCUACUUUCAGCGAGAAACUUCUGUUGGGCCAAGGUCUCUGCGUCAGCCCUUUGCCGACCGAUGACGGCUCAUUUGCUCCUAAAAGUCUUGCUCAGAUUGUGCGACAAGUUGACAACCAAAAGGAUCUUCAUGAGUUCAUUUUAAGCCACGAAGGAAACCCUGGGGCUGUGGCUUCCGAAAAAAUCCAAUACGAGCGUCACCCGACACUUGGUGGUUCUGGCGUGGCUGGAGCUGCUGGCGCUGCUGCUGCUGCAACAGUCUCACAACCAAGCUCUCAGAAUAAACGCAGUUCUAUAAUGCCCCAGGCUUUCACCUCCACCUCCCAGCACAAUCUCGCUUCGCCAGCGCCUCAGCAACCUCCUCCCGGUGACAGAUUGCCGCAGUCGCCCUAUCCCCCCGAGAAAACAUUUACUCCUCCCCCAGCUGGCACACCUCCCUACCCAGUCUCAAACCCGCCUGCUCCUGAAGCUCCACCAAAGGUUCUGGUGCCAAUGGCAGGACCUAAUGCAAGCGACAGGAAUUUCCAGGCGAAUCUGCCCCCUCUGAAGCCUGUGUUUGGUGUCUCUUUGAACGACUUAUACGCCCGGGAUGGAACGGCAGUUCCGUUCAUAGUGUACCAGUGUUUCCAAGCCGUUGAACUAUUCGGUCUGGAUAUGGAGGGUAUCUACCGACUUUCUGGCAGCGCUACGCAUAUCAGCCACAUGAAGGCGGUGUUCGAUAAUGGUGAGUCCGACUUCAGUCGAACAAUGGACAUAUCGUUGACCCUGAUUUUACUAGACUCCUCACAGGUUGACUUCACCAACCCGGAGAACUUUUACCACGAUGUCAACAGUGUUGCAGGACUUGCGAAGCAAUUCUUCCGAGAUUUACCUGACCCUUUGUUCACCUCCCAGUUCUACCACCAGUUUAUCGAUGCUGCUCGAUUUGACGAUGAUAUUCAACGCCGAGACUCACUGCACGCCCUCAUUAACAGCCUCCCCGAUGCUCACUAUGCCACCCUCCGUGCUAUCAUCCUGCAUCUUAAUAAGAUCCAAGAACACUACACUCAGAACCGCAUGAACGCAGGAAACCUGGCAAUCUGCUUCGGACCAACUCUCAUGGGCGCCAAUUCUGGUGGCAACAUCGCCGACGCCGGGUGGCAGGUUCGCGUCAUCGAAACAAUUCUGAAUAACACCUUCCAGAUUUUCGAUGAUGAUUAG